UCUAGCUUAACUCCAAAAGCCAACAUGAUUCUUUUUCAAGUGUCUGUUCCAAUCAGCUUAGAAAAGGAAAUAGCCAGCAAUCACUCAGUGAUAAUUAAAAAUAACACUGGACAAUAAAUUAAUAUGACUAUUAAAUGUUCAACUGAGUGUGGAAAUAAUGCAAUUCUUAAAAGACCAAAAACAGGUGAUGCCCUGUGCAAAGAAUGUUUUUUUCAUGCAUUCGAAACAGAAAUUCAUUACACAAUAGUAAAUGGUAAAUUAUUUAAACCUGGAUAUAAAAUAGCAAUCGGAGCAUCUGGUGGAAAAGACUCCACAGUUUUAGCUUAUGUAUUAAAAACACUGAAUGAGAGAUAUAAUUAUGGACUUGAUUUAUUUCUUCUUUCAAUUGAUGAAGGGAUUACUGGGUACAGAGAUGACAGCUUAAAAACUGUACAACAAAAUCGAGAUGAUUAUGAGAUGCCUUUGAAAAUUCUUUCUUAUAAAGAUUUGUAUGGAUGGACUAUGGAUGAGAUUGUUAAACAAAUCGGCCGUAAAAAUAAUUGUACAUUUUGUGGAGUAUUUCGACGACAGGCUUUAGAUAGAGGAGCAGCUCUUCUUGGUGUUGAUUGCAUCGCUACAGGUCAUAACGCUGAUGAUAUUGCAGAGACGGUGUUGAUGAAUAUUCUUCGAGGAGAUAUAGCAAGGUUACAGAGAUGUACAUCUAUCAUUACGUCAGGGCAAGACACGAUAAUGCGAUGCAAACCACUCAAGUACACAUAUGAAAAAGAGAUAGUGAUGUAUGCUUAUUUCAAAAAAUUGGUUUAUUUUUCAACGGAGUGUAUUUUUGCACCCAAUGCUUACCGAGGGCAUGCGAGGACAUUUUUAAAGGAUCUUGAGAAGGUACGACCGUCUUCUGUCAUUGACAUUAUCCACUCAGGUGAAAGAUUUCAAGUUAAAGAAUCAGUUAAGACACCGACGAGAAGAAAUUGCAGUCGAUGUGGUUUUGUUUCAAGUCAAGAAGUUUGUAAAGCUUGUGUUUUGCUUGAAGGUCUUAAUCGUGGUUUACCCAAGUUAGGAAUUGGUAAAUCGCAAAAAGCAUUGCAACUAGUUACUUCGGAAUAUCUCCCAGAAAAGUCUAAAUUAGUAGAAAUUUAGUAUUAAUUAAAAUAAUAUUUAAAUAAUAUAUAUUUUUAUUUUGUAUAAAUAUAAUAUAUUUUUAUGUCAAAGCCA